AUGCUAUUCAUCAGUAAUCCAUUAUUAUUAGAACGUGAAGUGAAAUUGGAAUUUGAUGAUAGUCACAACGAUUUCAGAAAGAAAUGUGAUAAAACGAGACUUGUAAUCAGCGGUUUAUUUUUAUAUGUUUUAACCUCAUUGUUUAUCAUUAUCUUAAAUUAUCCGUUAUCAUUAACAGCAAUUGCAUUCCCUAUUAUUGUACUUAUUUAUACGAUCGCUGUUUUAAGUGAUAAUCGGCGACGAGAUUUGUGGCCAAUCAUUUUUAUCACGUUUUCCGGUUUCGUUCUGAAAUUAAUCACAAUUACAAUGUUUUUCAUUAUUUAUCCGUUGCGAAAUGAUGAAAACACUCCGAAAAUUAUGGAUGCACGCAAGAAACCGGGACUAUUCGGUUGGAUAAGAGAAGAAGAAAAAAGAUUAUUUUUUGGAAUUUUUUUUUUGAUUGAAUUUGUCUUAUUAAUAAUAGCAUGUUGUUUACAUUGGUAUUUCAUUUCAUUCUCUCAUCAUUCAUCGACAAACACAACAAUAACAGCAAUGGGAAGAUCGAGACGUAACUUACGUAGAAGUCAUCGUGUUUAA